UCUCAUCGGCACAGGAUUCUGUGGGUGCUGGAUUUUUACAUUUGUCUGAAGAGCAAAGAAAUUCACAUGAGGAAGAGCCACCAAGGGGAAUUAAACACAGAGAUACCAGGAAAUCCUUGAGCAGAGGCUGGGGGUGUAAUGGGGAGCACUGCUCUCAUGUUUGCUUAUUCCUACCACUUUUUGCCAGGCAUCUGCUAUAUGAGCCACCGUUAAAAACAGGAUCUUUAUCCUUUCUUUUAAAUGAUCCCACACGGACAGCAUCCAUCAUGAGCACCAGAAAGAGCUGGCUUCAAUCCUCUGAUCUGCCACACGCCUUCUGUGUAACCUCAUUUUCCUUCCUUUGGGGGAAAACAGAAAUCAGAGCAUUUCCCACCCUCUGACAGGGUUGAAACCUGCUUACGUUGGGCCUGGGAAGUGCUUAGCGAUGCCGGAGGUGGGGGGUUGGUGUCCGGUGUUGCCAUGGAGCUGGGCUCUGUUGACAGACUUGAACUGGUGGUGGCCGGAGUGCCAUGGACCCACAGCGCGUGACCAUGGCACUGACGGUGGUGGGGCUGCUCCGGGACCCGGCUUUCCACGUGGCCAAGUGCACGGCUGAGGCUCUGAAGCUGAAGUUUCCAAGCAAGUUUGCAGAUCCUGUAAUUCAGCCUUUAGUAGAAUUUGCAUGGCUUGAAUAUUUACAGGAGAAAAAGAAGGAACUGAGAGGUGAGGUAUGGGCGUACGCCUCCCCAGUGAUGUGCUUCAUUGAUGGCCAGCUGCUGGGGGAUGAGAGGGAGCUGCUCAAGUGGUCCUACUCUGAGUGGGACUAUUGCGACUAUAAGCCUGAGGCACUUUACCAAGCGAUUGCUGAGGAUUUUUACACCAAAUAUCUGAAAAACAGCCAGCAUGUGUUCGUGUACCUGGAGAUAGCCAUCGAGGAACAGCCCGUCGGGAGGCUCCUGUUUGAGCUCUUUUCGGACGUGUGUCCCAGGACCUGCGAGAAUUUCCGUGCCCUGUGCACCGGAGGAGCAAAGUCCCUCUGCGACGGCCGAGAGCUCACCUACAAGAACUCCCUUUUUCAUCGCCUAGUGAAAAACGGGUGGAUCCAAGGAGGAGACAUCGUAACUGGAAGGGGAGACACGGGAGAGUCAAUUUAUGGUCCCACCUUUGAAGAUGAAAGCUUCUCCGUUUGUCACAAAGGAAGAGGGGUCCUCGGGAUGGCCAACAAGGGCCGCCACAGCAACAGCUCACAGUUCUACAUCACCUUCCAGCCAGCUCCAAACCUGGACAAAAAAUACGUGGCUUUUGGGCAACUGAUCGAGGGCACGGAGGUCCUCCGGAGACUGGAAGCUGUACCUACAUAUAACGAAAGGCCUACAGUAGCCUGCAGGAUUAAUAACUGUGGGACUUUCAAGCCAUGAUUGCCAGCUGGUUUUCCUGCCUGCUGUAAGGUAGAGCACUGUUUUCCGCUCAGCUUUUUACAGACCUUGAUGGCUUUCACUUAAGGCAAAAAUAAAAGCACUUCUUGCGCAUGUGAA